CUGGAGCGCGCGGGCGCUCGCGGUGACCUCGCCGGCCCCGGGGGCGCAGACCCACGGGCCUCGUGCGUCGGGGCGGCCGCCAGUACGCGUUUCCGCCUUCGUUUGUCCCGCCUUCGUUUGGAGAAAGCGGUUUGCGGAGCAGGGAGCAACCCCGUCCGGAUGAUCUGCUUCAGCAGCUCUAGGGUGCGUGGAGACGGUCCAUUGCAGGAAAGAAACCUCAGCGUCAACAGGCGUCCAGAUGACGACUGUUGACCGUUUGGAGAGGUGUGCCCUGAACUCCGCGUCAGCUCAGGCUCUCAACAGAUUAUACGCUGGCCGUCUAUUCCGUGCCGCCCUUGCAGGCCUGGGGCUCAGUGGUGAGAAGGGCGGGCCCCGUGUGGCCUUUAUGGAACUCGGGGUCUCCUUAGGGAGACCUCGUGUGGGUCCAUUGUGAUCAACGAAGUGUGCCCUUGGAGCCUGGGGCGCUGCUGCUGGCAAGUCAUUCAUUCAUCAGAUACUAAUUGAACUCCUACGAUCACGUGUGACUUGUGUGAGCUAGCAGAAGUUGAGUGUAUGGAAUGAUACGGGAACCCCGAGGGGAACCCCAAGCUCAGCCCAAGAGGAACAGGGAUGGAUUUUCAGGACAGGAAGAUGCCACCCAAGCGCAUAGCUAAGAGAAGAUCACCCCCAGAAGAUGCCAUCCCCAAAAGCAAGAAGGUGAAGGGCGUGAGGGCCGCUGCCUCCCGCCAUGUUUCCGGUGCCCGCUCCUGCCAAGUCUCACACAGGUCCCACAGCACAGAAGCAGGUUUGGUGCUAACACUGGGCCAGGGCGACGUGGGCCAGCUGGGGCUGGGUGAGAAUGUGAUGGAGAGGAAGAAGCCAGCCCUGGUGCCUAUUCCGGAGGAUGUUGUGCAAGCUGAGGCUGGGGGCAUGCACACUGUGUGUCUAAGCAAGAGUGGCCAGGUCUACUCCUUCGGCUGCAAUGAUGAGGGAGCUCUGGGAAGGGACACAUCAGCGGAGGGCUCAGAGAUGGUCCCUGGGAAAGUGGAACUGCAAGAGAAGGUGGUACAGGUGUCAGCAGGAGACAGUCACACAGCGGCCCUCACUGAGGAUGGCCGUGUCUUCCUCUGGGGCUCCUUCCGGGACAAUAAUGGUGUGAUCGGGCUGUUGGAGCCCAUGAAGAAGAGCAUGGUGCCUGUGCAAGUGCAGCUGGACGUGCCCGUAGUUAAGGUGGCCUCAGGAAAUGACCACUUGGUGAUGCUGACAGUUGACGGUGACCUCUACACCUUGGGCUGUGGGGAGCAGGGCCAGCUGGGCCGUGUGCCUGAGUUAUUUGCCAACCGUGGUGGCCGGCAGGGCCUUGAACGACUCCUGGUCCCCAAGUGUGUAAUGUUGAAAUCCAGGGGAAGCCGGGGCCAUGUGAGAUUCCAGGAUGCCUUCUGUGGUGCUUAUUUCACCUUUGCCAUCUCCCGAGAGGGCCAUGUAUAUGGCUUUGGCCUCUCCAACUACCAUCAGCUUGGAACCCCAGGCACGGAAUCUUGCUUCAUACCCCAGAACCUGACAUCCUUCAAGAAUUCCACCAAGUCCUGGGUCGGCUUCUCUGGUGGCCAGCAUCAUACAGUCUGCAUGGAUUCAGAAGGAAGAGCAUACAGCCUGGGCCGGGCUGAGUAUGGGCGGCUAGGCCUUGGGGAGGGUGCUGAGGAGAAGAGCGUACCCACCCUCAUCUCCAGGCUGCCUGCUGUCUCCUCAGUGGCUUGUGGGGCCUCUGUGGGGUAUGCUGUGACCAAGGAUGGUCAUGUUUUUGCCUGGGGCAUGGGCACCAACUACCAGCUGGGCACAGGGCAGGAUGAGGACGCCUGGAGCCCUGUGGAAAUGACGGGCAAACAGCUGGAGAACCGUGUGGUCUUAUCUGUGUCCAGCGGGGGCCAGCAUACAGUCUUAUUAGUCAAAGACAAGGAACAGAGCUGAUGAAGCCUGAGGGCCUGGUUCCCGGUGCCCCGCAACUCCCUCAUAGAUCAGGGCAGCACUGACAACCACAGAUUCCAGCAGGCCUCUUCCCAACCCUGAGCACUCUGUCAUCUCCUGCCUUUUUGCCAUCAGCAGAACAGAAUCCUUUUCUUUUUCUUCCUUCUUUCUGGAAUCAUACUGGGGGACCUGCAAGAUGAAAUGGGAGGGUGGAGAGGGAGGUUUUGUCAGAAGGAACAUUGCUCAUCCCAGAGCUGUGUGGUCAGACCUUUCCUGCCACUACUUCCCUGCCUCCCACAGCCUUGGCUGGUCCUGGCUGGUCCUGGCUUUGCCUACCACAAAACCAAAACUUCCUCCCCUGGGGGUUUGGUGCCCACACUAAGUUGGGGCUCCAUCAAGCCCCACUCUAAUUAUGUGCAACUCUUCUGUCCUUAACAAUCCACAGGCAGACAGAUGAUACGGACAUUAGACCCAGCUGUCAUGGAACCAUGCUGCCUGGGGAAUCUAGAGAAAGGGCAGGGCUACAGGGCUGUGGGCAACCCCAAGCCAAAUAUUUGGCUCUGAACAGGUGUCCAUGGGACAAAAAGGACAAUGAUCCUCCACUUGACAAAGAAAAAGGCCAACUAGUCGUUCUCCCAGAAGCACAAAGCAUAGUCUUGCCCCUCGGGCAUUGCCUGUGUAUCCUACACAUCCUUUUGGCCUCACUUGCAGCCAAGGGCCUGAAAUCCAGAAGAGAAGCCAUACCAGGGAGGGCGUGGGGAGGAGAAAGGGUGGAGGGUUGUAUAAAGAAGCUUAUAGCAAUAUUAAGGGGGAAGAGCAGGAGGGGAAAAGGGUUGGAGGGGCAGAGGCUAGUCCUGAGAAAAGGAAGCAGCAACUUGUACAGUGGCUGAGAAAAUAGAAAAUAGUUUUGAUUUUUUUAAAUUGUAAAAUAUUUUGGAGGGGAGAGUGAAAUCUUUUAACACUUUGAAUAAAUUUAGAGUUUUAUAUAA